GCUCGAGAUUUUCAAACACUCGGAUGGGUUUCAUCACGAAGGAACAGAUCAUCGAGUCCCAGGAGACCUUUUGCCUCUUCGAUCGCGACGGAGAUGGUUGCAUUACAAUGGGUGAGCUCUCGAUGAUGAUCAAGUCAUUAGGAUUGAGGGCUACCGAGGAGGAGUUGCAAGAAAUGAUAAGUGAGGUCGAUGCGGACGGCAGCGGAGCGAUCGAGUUCGAAGAGUUCUUGAGCUUCAUGGCUAAAAAAAUGAAUGAGACCGAUUCAGAAGAGGAAGUGAGGGAGGCAUUCAAAGUGUUUGACAAGGAUCAAAAUGGUUUCAUUUCUAAGAAUGAGUUGAAGAAUGUGAUGAUAAGUCUGGGAGAGAAACUGACAGACGAGGAGGUGGAUCAAAUGAUCGAAGAGGCAGAUUUAGAUGGAGAUGGGCAGGUACCCUCAUUGCUUAAUUGUGGAUGCUCCUGCUUACCAGAUAAAGGCAGAUAUUGAAGAAUAUGAAUAUCAUCAGCACCAGUGUUUUGUGAAUGAUGAUCUUUAAGACAUCUAUUUAGUUAUCCGUUG